AUGGCAAUUGAAGAGAUGAGUCCAGAGGAAAUAACAAUAUGCGAAGAGUUUAAAACAUGGAGGAAGAAUGUGCCCUAUCUUUACGACAUGCUUCUAUCGCACGCCCUGACAUGGCCUUCCCUAACCGUGCAGUGGUUCCCUGAUGCCGUGAGAAACGAAGAAACAGAAACAACGACGCAAAGGCUCCUUUUGUCCACACAGACAUCGGGCCAGGAGGACGAGUAUCUGCAGAUUGUCUCUGUCACUCUGCCUGAUACAGUAGGAGAUGCUGCUGUGCGCACUCUUGAAGAUGGGGGAUACGGCCUGGGAGAGUCCAAGGUGCGUGUUACCCAGAAGAUACCCAUGCCGUACGAAGUAAACAGAGCGAGAUACAUGCAUUCCAAUACAAACAUCAUUGCAGUGCGGUACGACAGCCCAGAAGUACAUAUAUACGACUACACAAAGCAUCCUUCAUUUGGAAAAGAAGCAGUGCCUGAUGUUAUCUUCGAGGGGCACACGAAGGGAGGAUUUGGCCUGGCUUGGAACCCAGUCGAGCAGAACGAGCUGUGCACCGCAGGAUACGAUGGAACUGUCUGUGUGUACAAAAUGGGGCAGGGCACUGCGCCUGUGAUGAAGAUACAGGAGAAUGAAGAGAUAAACGACAUAGCUAUUUCAAACGAUGGAGAGACAAUAGCACUGGGACUGGAUAAAAACGGCACAACUCUAGUGGACAUGCGAAGCGGAGAGAAAAAGACUCUGAAAACAGGAGAAACUCUGAGCGUGCAGUUCUCCCCAGAAAACAGCACGUGGCUCGCAACGGGAUCAAAAGGCGGCUCGCUGAGCAUAUGGGACACCCGAAAUGACGCAAAGCCUCUCUACAAUCUUGUUGGACACGAGAGCGAUGUGACGCAGGUGGAGUGGUCUCCCCACUACGAGAUGGUGCUGGCUUCCUGCAGCAGCGAUAGAAGAGUGAGAAUAUGGGAUCUUUCAAAGGUUGGCGAGGAGCAGGCAGAGGAGGAUAGAGAGGACGGGCCUCCUGAGCUUUUAUUCAUCCACGGAGGACACACGGAUGCACUGAGCGACAUCUCGUGGAACCCGCACGAGCCGUGGGAGAUUGCGAGUGUGGCAAAUGAUAAUAUAUUGCAGAUUUGGCAGAUUUCGUCUGAGAUAGCAGGGGAUGCGGAUUUCGAAGGAGAAGAGCCUGAGCAGGAAGAAUAG